AUGGAAAGUGGCAAUGUUGUGAAUGUACAGUCUGAAUUAUCUGGCAUAAUUGAUGGGUCCAAGAGCUAUAUGUACGAGCAGUUAUGGAAACUCUGUGCGGGACCUUUGUGUGAUAUUCCAAAACUUGGAGAAAAAGUGUAUUACUUUCCUCAAGGCCAUAUAGAGCUUGUUGAGGCAUCUACUAGAGAAGAGUUGAAUGAGUUACAACCAAAUUGUGAUCUUCCUUCUAAGCUUCAAUGUCGUGUUAUUGCUAUUCAUCUUAAGGUGGAAAACAAUAGUGAUGAGACUUAUGUUGAGAUUACUUUGAUGCCAGAUACAACUCAAGUUGUAAUCCCUACUGAGAAUGAAAAUCAAUUUAGGCCAAUAGUUAAUUCCUUUACAAAGGUUUUAACGGCUUCAGAUACAAGCGCUCAAGGUGAAUUCUCUGUUCCAUGUAAACAUGCCAUUGAAUGUCUCCCUCCGCUGGAUAUGUCUCAACCUAUACCGGCACAAGAACUUAUUGCUAUAGAUCUCCAUGGUAAUCAAUGGAGAUUCAAACACAGCUAUAGAGUACCCCGCGGAGACACAACUGGUUGGAAUGCAUUCACAACAUCAAAAAAAUUGGUUGUAGGGGAUGUUAUUGUAUUCGCUAGGGGAGAGACUGGAGAGUUACGAGUUGGUAUCAGAUGA